GAGAGGGGGAGAGAGAGAGAAAAAGAAAGACAGAAAGAGAGAGAGAGAGAGAACGAAAGAAAGAGAAAGAGAUGCAUCCACGCCCACAGUGACGUAUACAGGAGUGGGAGUAAAACGAAUACCGUAGAAAAACAUCGAAGAUACCGCGCGUUUGAAGAAUUGAAAUAUAAAUUACAUUCGAUAUUUAUAAGAAGCGCGAGAGAGUAUGCGAGAUAUUGUACGCGCGUGAUGCACGCGCGUCUUCGAGUAAAAGGGAACUCGUUUUUGGAUACGCUUAUGUAACUCUGCCCUUGCGUCAGAAUAAAGAGAGAAAGAGAGAGAGAGAGAGAAAAUCGUAAUAUUUCGAAAAAAAUUCAACGCACUGGACAAAUCUCUCGGAAAGAUUUUUUUUUUUUAUCGAACCGGAUCUAUAUGCUCUUGGUUACGGCGUAAAAACAUUCAACGAAAGACGCGCUUCGAAUUGGUGAUUCACCAAAGUGUCGAACGAGCGAGUAAACGAGCGUAUUGGAGAAAAAGAGAGAGAGAGAGUGGAGAGUGAGAGAGAGAGAAAGAGAGAGAGAGAGGGGGGAGGACAAAGAGAGAAAAUAAAAGACAAGACAAGAGACAACAGGCAGAUAGAGCCGACCUUCGGACCUGCUGUCAACGAAACAAGACCUAUUCUCUAGGAUAUCGAUGGUAAAUAAUUGAACAAUGGAUCAGAUAUUUAAUGAAGACCCUAACGUCAAUUACAGAGGCGCGAGUCGUGAAAAUAACGUGGGUCUACGCAAACAUAAUUUAACGUUGGAUUUAAACAGCUCGAGGCAAGAGUUACGAGUUAAAACAUCGAAAUUAGGGCCAUUACCAACAACCUUGAACAACAUAGCACCGAUUUUGAGCUCGCCGGAUUUGAACAUGCUGAAACUAGGAUCGCCGGAAUUGGAGAGGUUGAUAAUCGAACAACAGGAUGCUAAUGGUGCCAGCAACACCGAGGGCGUCGUCGCAUCCUUGCCCACACCGACGGUCCAAAUACUUUUUCCAAAAGUGGUGACUGAAGCUCAAGAACUUUAUGCUCGUGGCUUCGUCGAUGCUCUAAACGAGCUACAUCAUUCGGAUAGCUCUCAAGAACCCUCUAAUUUUUACGGUGCUACUUAUACGACUUUGGAGCCACCCGGUAGCGUUCAAAGCGUUGGCACAGAAUCCUCGGUUAGUCAAGGACUCAUGCAAAUAAAGGACGAACCGCAAACGGUACCAAGCGUUUCCAGUUCCCCGCCUAUGUCACCGAUAGACAUGGAGAAUCAAGAAAGGAUCAAACUCGAAAGGAAGAGGCAACGGAAUCGCGUGGCCGCUUCCAAGUGUCGCAGGCGCAAACUCGAACGUAUUUCCAGGCUGGAGGACAAGGUCAAAGUUCUCAAGGCCGAGAAUUGCGAAUUGAGUACGGUCGUGCAUAAACUCAAGGAACAAAUUUGUCGGCUCAAGGAACAGGUGAUGGAUCACGUUCAUUCUGGUUGUCAAAUAAUGACUGUUUCGGAACAAUUUUAAAAUAUGGGAUCAAGCUUGAAUUUAUACAGGUAUCAAUUGAAUCGUUCCAUCAUAUGUUGCGACCACAAUCUUUUAUAUGAUCCCUCUCGAGUAUUUUUUCUCUUUUAUCUUUAUGUAUUUAUUAUUAUU